AAAUGUGCUACAGAAGCUGACAGCGGGAAGAAGGGACCUUCAUCACAAAAAUCUCUUCCUAAGAAGCAGUUGACUGACAACGGAAAUGAAAGCCAGAAAAGUAGACCUUUCAUUAAGACAUCCAGCCUGUUUAGAAACAACCCUGAUAUCCCAGAAAUUCACAGAAAAGCAGUGCAGCAGGUGCAAGAAAACGUUUUCACGACAGAUUCUUUUAGCCAGUUGGACCUCCAUCCACAUCUGAUCUCCACAAUAAACACUGUCCUAAAGAUAAGUAGCAUGACCAGUGUUCAGAAGCAAACAAUUCCUGUGCUCCUGCAAGGCAAAGAUGCUCUAGUGAGAUCCCAGACUGGUUCGGGUAAAACUCUUGCCUAUGGGAUUCCACUUGUACAGUCUUUGCAAGGAAUGGAAUCCAAAAUACAGCGCAGUGACGGGCCUUACGCUCUCAUAUUAGUCCCAACGAGAGAGCUUGCCCUCCAAAGUUUUGAUACAAUGCAGAAACUACUUAAGCCAUUUGCCUGGAUUGUGCCUGGAGUGCUAAUGGGGGGAGAAAAGAGAAAAUCAGAAAAAGCCAGAUUACGUAAAGGAAUAAAUAUCCUCAUUUCAACUCCUGGUCGUCUAGUUGAUCACAUCAAGUCCACAGAAUGUAUUCAUUUCCGUCGCACGCAGUGGCUGAUUAUUGAUGAAGCAGACAGGAUCCUGGACCUGGGCUUUGAGAAGGAUGUAGCUGCGAUACUCAAUGCUUUAAAUGCCGAGAGAGAGACACGUCAGAAUGUCCUGCUCUCAGCCACCCUCACAGAAGGAGUUACACGGCUGGCCGAUAUCAGUCUGAAUGAUCCCGUCAGCAUUUCCAUAGCAGAUGAAAUCCAGAAAGCGCUCAAACCAGCAUCACAAGAUAGACAAGCCAGUAGUUCAUUGAACUGCAUGGACCAGGAAGACUUUGCUGUUCCAGAGAAGCUCAAGCAGUACGUCAUGAUGGUGCCCAGCAAACUGAAGCUCGUCACGUUAGCAGCUUUUAUCCUUGAGAAAUGCAAGUUUGAAAAACACCACAAGAUGAUCAUCUUUUUCUCCAGCUGUGAACAAGUGGAAUUCUACUAUGAGCUGCUUCUAAAGGUCCUUUCAGGAGGGCCAGAGUCAGAGCAACCUCAACAUUCAUCUGUCUCCUCUGCUUGCUUACAGUUUCUACGACUGCAUGGCAACAUGGAACAGGAAGAAAGAACAGAGGUCUUCCAAGAGUUCCUAAAAUCCAAGACUGGCGUCUUGCUUUGCACUGAUGUUGCAGCACGGGGACUAGACCUACCUCAAGUUACGUGGAUCAUGCAGUAUAACGCUCCGGCUUCACCUGCGGAAUACAUCCACCGGAUCGGGAGGACGGCUCGCAUUGGCUGUCACGGGAACAGCCUGCUUGUCCUGGCGCCUUCGGAGGCAGAAUAUGUCAGCUUGCUGGCUUCUCACAAGAUUAAUGUUUCAGAGAUAAAGAUGGAGAAGGUAUUAUCCAGCCUGAUGAAAGAUGAUCGCUUCAAGUUGCACAGACCAGGAAGGAAGGUGAGUUAUUCUGCUGGUUCGAAAUGACUCAGAUUUUCAUUUACCAGUUAA